AUUCUCAUUUGAAGCCCAUCAUAGUAACCAAAAUCUUAUUCAGCAAUAGAAGUGUACGAACGUUGUAAGGGCUCAAACGAACUACAAAAAUAAUUUGAUUUAAAAAAAAGAUAGAAAGACACAAAACUCGUUAACAAAUAUGUCAGAUCAUAUGUCCGGGGGCGACGUUGCUGCUGGUGGUUCAGAACCUACUCAUUCGUCGAACACUAUUCAUAAACAGCUCGAUGAAAUGGUCCAAUGUGUAGCAUCAGUUCUGGAAAAGAGUACUCAAUUCCAAUUGCUCUCUCGGAUGCCGACUGACGUUCGCAAGCGUGUACGAGCCUUACGGAAACUCCAGAUGCAGACCAGCGUUAUCGACAUGGAAUUGCAUAAGAAAGAAUUUGAAUUGGAAAAAGAGUUCCAAGCGAAACACGAAGAAAUUUUUAAGAAAAGAUUCGAAAUAAUUACGGGCAUCUAUGAACCAAAUGACGAAGAAUGCGACGUUCCGGAUCCGGAAAUUUUGAAACGAAUCGAUGAAAAUACCGAAUUAUUUGCAAAAUUGAAACAACGUAAUAUUCUAAAAGAUGAUGCUGAUCAAACGGAAAUCCGAAACAUACAGACUGCUGGUAUUCCACAGUUCUGGUUUCACAUUUUAUACUCUAAUCCGACAUUGGAUUAUCUCAUUCACAAAGAGGAUGAACCGAUUCUCAAACAUCUGAUUGACAUCCGAACGGUGUAUAAGUUAGAGCCGCAUUUCUCUUUUACAUUAGAAUUCGAAUUUUCUCCGAAUUUGUAUUUUGAAAAUUCGGUAUUGACCAAGGAGUACCUGCUGAAAAUGAACCCGGAUGAUCUUGUAAACUAUGAAGGACCCUCAAUUUACAAAACCAUCGGAUGUGAUAUUUUAUGGAAGACGGGAAAAAUGGUUCGUCCUUCCGUUUUCGAUUUCUUCGCCCCGCCGCAACUUCCGGAAGACGUGCUGGAUCCGUCAUACGAGGAGAUAAAGAAUAUGCUCGAAAAUGACUUUGAAAUCGGUGACUACGUUAAAGACAACAUUGUUCCCAAAGCUAUCUUAUAUUUCACUGGUGAACGCGAUGACAGCGAUCUGGACGAAAGUUUGGAAUCGGAAGAUGGGUUAUCCGCAGAAUCGGAUGUAGAAGAACAAUUUGAAGGUGAAAAUACAUUGUCAAUGUAAAUUGUAAAGUAAUCAAUGGAAUAAAUCAAAUCAACCGUA